CAGAGGUUCCCCGGAUACGUACAGAGAGACAAAAGUACAUUUGUUAGAGAGCGAAAGAGAAAAGGGAUAAGUAGUUACAUUUUAGAGAGAGAGAGAGAGAGAGAGAGGGGGUAAAGUGAAGGAGAGAGGAAAUAAGCAGAGUUAGAGAGGGUGAAGGAGCUCUGAGUAAGCAGCAAUGGCGACUCUGACCAAGUUCAAAAUCCUGGCCACACAGUGUGCCAUAGCAGCCAGCCCUUCGAGAAGCCCUAACCCCACCAUAGCCCCUUCCAAAAAGACUCUCAGAAAGCUAAUCAAGGAGAAGUGCAAAUCCAGCAACGGCCGAUUACUGCGCCGAGGAUCUCGACCGAGAUCGCCGAGUAUUUCAGACAGUAUGCCCCAGAACGAUUCGAGUCGUCAGAAACACGGCGAGAACGCGGCGAUUCUAAGCCGCAAGCUGAAAGACCUCUUCGUCUCCUCGCCUCCCAUCUGCGAGCGAAAGACUGAGGAGAGAGCCAGCGAGUUGGCCCUCAAUCAGGGAUCGUUUUCAUCGCCAAUAUUUCAAUUGCCGAUUAAUCAAGCAGCGAUGGGAAGGGGAUCUGCUCCGCGAGGCCUGCCGAGGAUCGGCUCCGCAACGCGGCUUCGGUUGCUGAGAAGAGCGUGGCGGCCUGUCUUAGUUUCAAUUCCUGAGUAGAGAGAGAAAGGAGUGAUGCUUUUCCCCUCUCUCGCUCUGUAUUUGUUUUUUUCUUUCCACGAGAUAAAUCAAUUCACAAGUUUAACUGCGGCA